CAACUGUCCUCACCAACGACGCCAUGACGCGUAGGCCUGCCAUCGACUUCCCUUCCAUCGUCAUGGCUGCAGAAGCUAAGCUAUGGAUCGACUCGGAAGAAGGCUUUGAGAUCAUCCGCGAGGCAUUUGAUUCAACAUCACGUUUCGCCAAGCUUCAACACCUCAAGACUGCCAUGGCUGGUCAUACCCUCUUCGUUCAGUUCGCGACACGCACUGGUGAUGCCAUGGGUAUGAACAUGAUUUACAAGGGCACGGAAAAGGUGCUUGAGGUUAUUCAGAAGCAUUACCCAGAGAUGAUCACGCUUGCGCUAUCAGGGAACUACUGCACGGACAAGAAGCCUGCUGCCAUCAACUGGAUUGAGGGACGUGGGAAGGGUGUGGUGGCUGAGGCUGUCAUUCCUGGGAGGGUUGUCAAGAGUGUG